AUGGCUUUCUUGGAUACUUCUGAUGUCAUUACGUACACCAACAAAGCUUGGCGAUCAAACAACAUUGACACAAAUAUAUUUACAAAUGGAAUUACUGCUGAAGAAUCGCAUUUGAGUAACUAUGAAACAACAAAUAGUACCAAUUCCUCAAAAUAUUCUCACAAUCUUACCGCAGAUAUAAUUACACCUGAAACUUCUAAUAGAUCUAUUCCAACGAUACGUGUUUUACAUCAGUUAGAACCAUCUUCUUCAUAUACUCAAUAUUCUCGAAAUAUUUGCUCUCCUGAAUUCAAUCAUCGAUCAUCUUCCAAUCGAAUACCAGUGGUGCAAUAUUACGAAGAAUCAACACAAAUUCAUCAUUGUCAUUAUCAUUAUCAUCAUCAUCAUCAUCAUCCAAUAUCAUAUUAUCACCGACCAAUGGAAUGUUUUUGUCAAGGUGUAUUAUGUCAACAAUGGAUGUCAUCAAAAAAUGAAACAUAUCCGGAACAGACAAAAUCAUAA